AUGACAUUUGGUGCAGGUGGACAUACGAGAGGCUUGUUGGAAAAAAAUUCAAAUUCGAUUGUGUACAGUUUAGAUCAAGAUUCACUAGCAUUUAAUCUGGCUAAUGAACUUAAACAAAAAUCAUAUCCGACAAGAUUGAUACCAUUACAUGGAUGUUUUAGUGAUGUCAAAAAUAUUUUGAAACAAAAAUACAAUAUAACAGGAAAUUAUUUUGAUGGAAUACUAUUUGACGUUGGUAUGAGUUCAAUGCAAUUAAGUGCGGCCGAGCGUGGCUUUUCGUUGAUAAAAGAAGGUCCAUUGGACAUGAGAAUGAAUAUAAACAAUAAAAAGACUGUGACAGCCUAUGAUCUUGUCAAUAAAUUAGAUGAAGUAUCUCUUGGUAGAAUAUUACGUUUAUAUGGUGAAGAAACUCGAUAUAAGAAAAUUGCCGGUUGCAUAUGCCAGUGGCGAAAUACAUUUGGAAAAAUCACAACAACCACACAGCUAGCAGAAGUGAUUAAAAUUUGUUUGGGAGGAACUCCAGAAUAUGACAAAUUGAAUCGAUCUGUUCACGUUGCAACAAAAACGUUUCAAGCAUUACGAAUCGUUGUUAACGAUGAAUUAAAUGAAUUUUUACUCAAACAAGGUGGUCAUCUUGUUGCAAUUAGUUUUCAUUCGUUAGAAGAUCGAAUUGUUAAAAGACAUUUUCAAGGUAUUGUAUUAAAACCAGAUAUGUUUAUUUUUAAUUUGGAUGAAACACAAUUAGCGAACGAAGCGAAUCAAGAAAAUCGUUAUCGGUAUCAUAAAAAAAUUAUUGAAGCAGAUGAAGAGGAAAUUAAUAUCAAUCCAAGAUCGAGAUCAGCUAAAAUGAGAUAUGGUAUCAAAUUAUGA